AUGGCGUCUAGCGAUGCGCAUGAGAGUACUCAGCCCAAGCAGCGUAUCACGACUAUUAUUUUUGCCGUGUUGGCCAUUUUCUUCUUGGCGCUAAGACUAGUUGCUCGGGGUAUGAAACAUGUUCAACUAGGAGCGGAUGACUGGACUUUGAUUCUGGGAUUGAUCUUUACAUUAGUUAUUGCAGGAAUCAACCUUGCCUGUAUUGAAUAUGGCAUGGGCACACAUACUCAUACCAUCCCUUCCGGGGGCCAAUCCAUGGUUUUCAAGUUGAUCUACGCUUUUGAGCCGCUGUAUAUCACAACAGCCGGUAUUAUAAAAUUUGCUGUGCUGCUCAUGUACUAUCGCAUCUUCCCUGUCCGUUUUAUCAAAAUCGGAGGUCUGAUCCUUGGUGGAACUACUCUCGCUUGGGUGAUUGCCAUGGAUUUUCUCGCCUUAUUUCAGUGCUGGCCCAUCGCCAAAGGGUUCAAUCCCAUGCUUCCUGGUCACUGCAUCGUUCUCAAGGGGGCAUUGAUCGGGAACGGGGUACCGAACUUUGUGAUCGACAUGUGUAUUUUGGCUAUGCCAGCAAAACUCAUUUGGGGGUUACAGGCAAGUCUGUGGCAGCGUGUAUCAAUUAUAUGCGUGUUUUUGACGGGAAGCUUCGUCGUGAUUGCGAGUAUCUAUCGCUUCAGUCUGAUAUUUAUAUUCGAUAUCACCGAUGUGGCUUGGACCAUCGCCGAUGCGCAAACUUGGUGUGUCGUUGAAAGCGCUGCAGGUGUCAUUUCCGCCUGUUUACCUACCCUCGCCCCUAUUGUCAAAAUUUUCACCAGAGGCGUGGUUUCAACCGCUCGCUCACUCUCAAAAUCAAAUCUGACACAGUCUGGAACUGCAGCUCUUUCACAAGUUGAUGCUGGUGAGGCAGGGCUGAUAUGUGGAGAGAACAAGGUGACCAUCACAGCUGGUGACGCACAUCGUCAUAGUAGUGGGAACUAUGCGAUGGGAGAUAUGAGCCCUAGCAAUCGCGGAAGCUCGCAUCUAAAAGGCAAGGGUUGGACGAUGAUGAAUGCCGAAACAGAUAGGGACUCAACUUAA